UCCAAACAGCCAGAUCCCGUGUAUUGGAGAUUAUGUUAGGAUUGUCUGUAGUCUUUGUAAAAAGUACCGGCCUCCUAUCAACUCUGGAACAUUUGAUGAUGAUAUCACCAUUGCAUCAACAAUGACAAUGUUGGCCAAAAAGACAAACGAACUUCAACAGUUUGUUCUUGAAAACGGGCUUGAUAAAAGAUCCAUGAAAUGGACUUCCAUCGACGCUGACAGCAACACCAUCACCGAUUUUCCCAGGCUUACUGAGGGAGAGAUCAGAAACCUUACAAUUGGUGUCUAUCAGCUAGAGACGACAAAAUCGUAUGCGGCAGAACAUCUCACAGAUGAUGGAUUAUUUGAAAUUCUUGUGAGCGAUGAUAUACCCAAUAUUGUCAGUGCCAAAAUUCAAAGCCGCACUUCAUCUAAAAAGUAUUCCAUAUGGAUAAAAUACGAUAUCACCAUCUUGUCCUGGUAUUGUACCUGUAAAAAUGGAGCCCGGGUUGUUGGAAUGUGCGGUCACUUAUCCUGUAUUAUCUGGUAUUUAGCCUUUGCUAGAUAUCAGAACGAGUCUUGUGGUAUUUGUGACUGGACAGAGGAAGUGGAUGAUGCGGCGAGAUCCAUCGACAGCUCCGAGGAUGAGGAGACUGUCGAUUAUGAUGGACAAGAAGAGUAGUGCAAACCAUACUUUUGUU